GAUAUGGACGGAGGUAGGACAGUGUUUAAUAUUUGCCCUGUCCAUCAAUCAUGCCAACAGGUGCAUAUGUUUGCGGUUGUGUAAAUUGUACGUACCACACCGGUCUCCGGUCUCACGUUUACAAUCAUCCCUUUGGGUGAUGGCGUCAUAUCUGGAACCUGCCCGACAGACAUGUCAUAUGCCGCUGUCGUGUACUGUUGCACUAAAGUCGCACACAUGCAUAACGUACGCACCAGAAGCAUCCGUCGCUCGAUCGGUACGGUUAAUUUGGUGGUAAAUUUGGCAAAGAACAAACGUUAAACUCUCGUUCCGUUUUAGCGGUAAAACCGUUCCAAUGAAUGAUUUCCACCUCCUCCCGGUCAGCGUAUGCCGGAUGCAUCAACAGAAGAAUCACCGAAACAAACAUUACCGUACGCAACGACAGAAACAUUGUGUGGCGUUUGUGCGGUGCAGGAAGAAAAAAAAAUAUUGAAAACCAGCACCCUAAACUGUACCAACAAUCAACGGUAGCACGUUUGUUUGAUAAUUUGUUCAACACCCUCAUUAACCUUGCCUGGUAGGUGUUCCUGGCGUACCGAAAGGCAGGAAUCACGAGCAGAUAUUUGCUUUUGCUGAAUUUGUAUUUGAACAGGAACAGUGCGAAGCGAAUAAUAAGACCAUGCUAGACUAGAAGCGUUGGAAUACCGUGUACAACCCUUAUGGCUUUUCAAACAGGAGAAAAAAAAACACGCUUCUAGGUUGGUUUUUUGUUGUUCCAUUGGUAUAAUCGUUUAUUUGAACAAUUGUCUGAUACGCUAUGGUGGUUAGGUAAACGUUAUUUUUUCUCUUUUAGAUAUACGGUAAUGACGAAGAAUGGGGUAAAUAAAAAAAAGACAAUAGUGGCCAUUUUCUUAAGCCUACGUCAUUCGGUGAGUUUAUGUAAUUAUAGCGAUUUUUCAUUUUGCUACUGUUUUGUUUCAGUAGUUAGUACAAGAAAUGGUAGAGUAAAUAAAGCAACUGCCUUCUAGUUAAAAGCAUUAAAACCGUAUUAAAGAUAUAGAGACAUAUACACAGAUUGGGUUUAAUAAACCUUAUGAAACGAAACAGUGAAUAAGAGCUUUAUUGUGGAUUAAAGUGAUAAAAAAAACGAAUAGACUAAAGUAACACAAACUAGACAAAAUAGGAAUAACUCGGAUUUCAACACUAAACACAAAAUGGAACCGUUUCAAUGAAAGUUGAAUGAAGCAGUAAAACACGACCUUGAUUACCGUACAAAGCAAUGAACCAAAUGAAGUGUUUCAGUCAAGUUCGUACACUUAAUUAUUGUGCUAUUGUGAGUCGAUAUCGAGACUGCUUAAGAUUGACCAUUUUGACAUCGUGAAACGAUUCAAGUUCAGUUCCCGAAGAAUAACGAAUUAGUCUAUCUCUAAAAAAAACUGUUGAAAUUUUGAAGGUUGGCGGUAGUUUUACGAAGCAUUCCGCUGUCAUAAAUCGCAACAACUUGUCGCGGUUAAACGAAUGAACCGCUUAAAACCAUAAAAUUCGACCAGGUCACUAGCGUUAAGCUUCUAAAACCAUUCCACUUGCCUCUGGCUACAUGGCAUGAUAAAUUUGAAAGGCCAUCACCCAUUAAAAGCUCCAUCAAUGUCGUUGCAUCAGCAGACUUGUACGAAAAAAAAAACAAAAACACGUAGGUAUUCAUAUUCGGCCGGCGUGCGACACUGUUACAUCCGCGUUCCGGUUACUUGCGCAUGAAGCGAGAAAAUCAAAAAGGAAGGAAACUUGAAUAAUUAGUGUUCAAAUCUAAAUCGGAACAACAUUACUCUACUCAAGAAAGGGGCCUCCGGUUAGGAUAGGUUACAAAUAAAAGAUAAAACUCUUUUCAUAUAGCAACGGUCAUUGACAUGAAUGACCAAGCAGCAAAAAAAAGAUGAUAUCUUCGUUCAACUAAAGUGAAUUUGUGGCAGUUCGGGUGAUAAAUUAAAUUCGAAAACUAGAAAAGAUUCGGCAUAACAUAAUUUUUCAGGCCAUAAGUAAUAAUUUAAAUGCAUGGCACAUUUGAGUAUUUUUUAAAUUAAAAAAAAAAAACAAGAUCACAUCAACGGACGAAUAACACUAGCGACGUCUUGCGUAAAUUUUGCGUACUACCGUUUUGCCCAAUUGGAUGCUACAUUUUCGCAUUGUGUCAGUGGCAAUGUCUGUGGUAAACAGUGCAGGAUCAUUUUUCUGUAAACGAGCCAUAAGUAAAGUAAAAAUAGUGAAAUUUGCUUAUAAUAAGUGUAGCUUUUGGUCAGCAUCGCGUCUACAAUUACUCUUUCAUCGAAUACUACUUACAAAAUAUUGGCCUCAGUCGCGGAUAAGCAGUGGGAAAUACAGAUUUAGCACAUGUUGCGCACCUAGCUUCUGUCGCUUUGUAUCUUUUCAAAAUCGAAAGGAACGCUAACGAUUCAGCAAUGAUGGCUGAUGGGAAUGAAGAGCAAGGUAACUUGUUACCUUCCCACAAGGAGUCCACCAUCGUUGAGAAUGCUGAUCGUGCUGAGUUGGAUGCGUUUGUGGCUUACCUGCAGGAACGUUAUCAACGGAAAGAACAGGAACGCCAACAGAACAUAUCGCCCAACCGUCCAGCUGGUGUGAACUUUCUUCUCUACGAUUCAAGUUUCAAGAAGAAUACGGUCUUUGUAAAGCGGCUGAAACAAUUUACCGCCCAGCAGCUACCCUCAUUGAUGCAGCAUGUGUCCCGAUUCAACUUGACGAGCUACAUUUCGGGGGUGUGUGAGGCAUUAGUGGGGGCAAAGUUGAAGAUGAGCGAUAUCGAUGCUGCAUUGACACUGUGCACUCAUCUACACCGGAAGUAUGCCAAUUUUGCACCCACGAUGUUCGAAAGCUGGCAGAAGUUACUGUCCAUCAAGCCAUGUGCCCCGGUUACCAAUCCGAGCAAGAUGCGUGUGGAUUUGCGUUUUUUUGCAGAAUUGAUUAGUGUGGGCAUCUUUUCGUGUGCGGUUGGAAUGUCGCUCCUCCAUGACUGUCUGUUCGGUUUCAUCGCAGGGGAUGAGAAGAAGCACUUGAAUCUGUCAAUAGUGCUAUCGUUCUGCAAGCACUGCGGAAAUGAGUUCACCGGAUUAGUGCCAACACGCAUGAACGAGCUGGCAAAGAAGUAUGAUGUCACGAUACCUAUGUCCCAACUGGUUCCACCAACUGUUCAAAGUGAUCUGCGUAACUUGCUACAAGAUUACUAUGAAUCGCUAGUUAAGCACUUGCAAUCGGAACAUAUGAACUUGCACCUGAUGGAGAAACCCUUGAACGAGACAGCAAAAGUUGAGCGAACGACAAAAAAGCAUGAGUAUGAAAUGCUGUACGCAUCGACUAGCUCGUUAGCAGAUCUGCUCGGCGAAGGGUUGCCAUUGCUGGAGGAAUUACAAGAACCCGAUGCAGCGGAGGAAGAAACUGGCGAGAUGUUACGGAACGAAAUCCUUGACCCAUGGCGCAACUCAGAAACUAAAUCGUUCUAUGUCGAUUUACCUGAUUUAGGCAAUUUUUUGGCCAAUUAUGAUAAAGGAAAGGAAGACGAUGACGAAAAUCAUAAGCAAGCCACCGUUCAAGAGCAGACAACAAUAACCGAUACGAUUAUCUCAAAGCAAUUACUCGAUAUGGAAUUGUUUGACCUAGAUGAACAUCGUGAUGAUUUGUUAUCUGCAUCCUCAUGUCCAGAAGAUGAAGAAGAUAUGGAACUGGUCGUGUGGAAUCAGGGUGACAAUGAGAUUUUUAAGCAAGCGACACAUAAAAGAAUUUUGACAGCCGAUGAUGAAAACAGCACACGGCCAGAUCCGAAUUCCAAGCACUAUUUUGUGCAGUUUGCAAAGAAUUUGCAAUGCUGCAUUAACCGGGAGAUGAUUGAUAAAGCGGCCAUCGAGUUCCUUCAACAUCUGAACGUAAAGGGCAAUCGGAAGCGAUUGGUGACGGUACUGUUCACAGUGCAGCGAACCCGUCUCGAUCGGUUACCAAUGUAUGCCCGGUUUGUCGCGAUCAUCAAUUUGAUAUCGUCGGAUGUGGCACGGGAGUUGUGCCAUAAGCUGAAAGUGGAAUUCUUUUACCAUCUGAAGAAGGAUCAGUUGCAAAUCGAACCGAAAAUCAAAUUGAUACGGUACAUCGGCGAACUGGUGAAGUUUGGUUUGUACGAGAAGGAGGAAGCGUUGUACUGUUUGCGUUGUUUACUGCAAAGCUUCCAGCAUCACAACGUUGAAAUGGCAUGCGCCUUGCUGGAGGUGUGUGGGGUUUACCUUUUCAACUGCACGGAAAGCCGUGUGCAAGUGAACGCAUUCCUUGAGCAGAUGAUGGGUUUAAAGAUGAACACUUUGAUGCAGGAUCGACACGAGCAGCAGGUGGAGAGUGUCUACUAUCUCCUGAAGCGACCGGUUAGCUUAAAGGAUGUUCAAAAGAAGCUUCCAAUCAUGCACGCCUACAUCCGUUGGCUCAUUUUUCAGGAACUGGGAAAAUCUAAUGUAGACAAAAUAAUUUUGCAGUUCCGUCGCUUGAAUUGGUACGAUAUGGAGACGUCGAACUACGCCAUUCAGUGUUUAUCACAAGCGUAUAAUAUACGUUAUCAAUUGAUCACCUAUCUAGCUGACAUGCUGCAGGGUUUGAGCACGUAUCAGAGGAAGGUUGUUGUACGAGUUAUCGAUACGGUGCUCGAGGAUAUUCGAGUAGGAAUGGCAAUCCACGAUCCUGCCCUAGCAGGACGGCAAAUUGCGAUGAUAAAAUAUCUGGGUGAGCUGUACAACUACCAGCUCGUCGAAUCGGAUACCAUCUUCACCACGCUGUACUCGAUUAUCUCGUUCGGUGUCAAUCUUUCGCACGAUGAACCUUCAGCGAUUGAUCCGCCCGAGUCGCUAUUCCGGUUAAAGUUGGCCUGCAAGCUGUUGAAUACAUGCGGACAGUUUUUGAACAUCGGCGAUGAACGCCAUAGUUUCGAUCACUUUAUUGUGUUCUUUCAGCGUUACUAUUGGCACAAGAAAUCACACCCGAUCUUUGUAGAUCAGCGUUGUGUUGGAAUGGAUGAACAGUUGAAUAUGUAUCCAGUUCUAAUGGAUCACAUGUACCACGAGUGUUUAAAACGUUUGCGGCCAAAUCUGAAGGUGUAUAGUAGUUUGGAGGAAGCGAACAAUGCCGUCGAAGACUUGCGUCAGAAGUUCUUCAACGGGAAAUCGGUCCAGCAAGUGGAUCACGUAGAUUCCAUUCUAUUGCAUGAUUGCUUUUCGGAUGAUGAGAAAAAGGAUGUGCUACCGUCGUCUUCUGCCAUAUCUAAUCUGAAGCCAUAAAGAAAUGAUUUUGAAAUUGAUAUCAACAAUGAACAUUCGGCGUUCUGUGAUAAAGAGUCGCAAGAAUUCGUAAAGAUGGUGACAGAAUUGCCUAUACAGAAACAACCAGAGGAUCUUGAAUUUGAGCGAGAGUUUGAGCGAAUAGUAUCCGAGUCCUAUAGAGAGCUAUCUUUAGCAAAGGUCAAACACAUUCCAGCCCCAAUACCGUGUCUCAAUGAGAAGAAGAAAGAAGAAACGAACGUUACACGAGAUUCCGUAACAUUUACACUAAUGAUGCAUGGUCAGGGCACACAGCAUCUGAACAAAAAGUUUGAAGUACCGCAGGAUAAUCCAAUGGCGCAGUACAUUCACGAGCAGGAAAGAAAACUGCAAGAGGAGAAGGACAGUUUAAAACAAUUAACUAUGAGCAUCUGUAAGAGGCUAUAGCAAGAAACAGAUUAAAUAUAAUUGUAUGCAUGUUCAAACGAACGAAGAAAGGGAUCCAACUUCAACGUAGGGAGUUUUACAUACAAAUACUGUGAGUAGUUUGAAAAUUCUCCGGUAAGUUCGACACUUCUUUGCUUAUCUUAUCAUAUUCUUUAAUCAGCAUAGAAAUUGUUAUGGUAAUUUGCUGUAUGUG